CUGGGACUGUGGUCACAUGCAUGUGAUGGGUUGAAAGUGAAAUUGUAUGUACGUCAGCACAUACAUCAUCUCUAUAAUCCUCUGCAAAGAAUCUUAAAUCACAACCUCACAAUCCAAAUCCAAAACCUAAACUCCACAAAGACUACACAUAUCACUUUGCUCUUAACCUGGCAAAUCACAAAAUCAACAUUUCUCCAAUUUCCCAUAAACUAUGGUUUCACACAAUCAAAACCAUUUCAUUGUCAUUUCUUUCCCUGCACAAGGCCAUCUCAACCCUACACUUCAAUUUGCGAAACGCCUUCUGCGCAACGGUGCUCGCGUUACCUAUUUCACCACCUUAUCGGCUCACAAGCGGAUGUUAGAAAGCAGCAGCAACACCUCAAACAUUGACGGCUUAACAUAUGCACCUUUCUCAGAUGGUUAUGAUGACGGCUACAAAGGCGGCUUAGACGACGCUAACCAUUUCCUGUCUGAGAUUGCACGGUGUGGCUCACAAGCUUUACGCGAACUCAUCCAAUCAGCACACGACGGAGGAAGCGGAAGCGUCACUUGCAUAAUAUACGCCAUCUUAGUUCCUUGGGUUGCUGAAGUUGCACGCGAUUUGCAAGUUCCAUCAUUUCUGCUUUGGAUCCAACCAGCUACGGUAUUUGAUAUCUACUAUUACUACUACAAUGGUUAUAAAGACGUCCUCUCUAACAAUAAUAACGAUCCUUCAUAUCCCAUAAACUUGCCUAAUUUGCCAGUUCUUACUUGCAAAGACAUCCCUACAUUUUUCCUCCCUACAAAUCUUUAUCCCUGGGCACUCUCACUUUUCGAAAACCAGUUCAAAGUUUUUGAGGAAGAAAGCAAACCAGUUAAGAUACUUGUUAACACAUUUGAUGAGCUAGAAUUAGAUGCACUCAAAGCAGUUGAUGUGAAUAAGAUUAAUCUGAUUGGAAUAGGUCCGUUGAUUCCUUCGGCUUUCUUAGACGGCCAAGACCUUUCUGAUAAGUCAUUUGGUGGGGAUUUAGUUACUGCUGGUACCACUGACGAGUAUAAAGAUUGGUUAGACUCUAGAGAAGAAGCAUCCGUGAUUUACGUUUCAUUUGGAAGUGUUUCGGUUUUAGAACAUCAACAAAUGGAGGAAAUUUUUCGUGGGUUAACCGAAUGCGGAUUUCCAUUUUUAUGGGUUUGUCGCGAAAAAGAAUCAAAACAAGAAGGAAGGGAAGCAGAAAAAGAAGAAGAGAGCGUAUUGAGUCGGAUUAAAAGAGAAGGCAGUGAGCAAGGGAAGAUAGUAUCUUGGUGUUCGCAAGUGGAGGUACUGUCGCACUCGUCGAUUGGUUGUUUUAUAACACAUUGUGGAUGGAACUCAACGCUAGAAAGUUUAGUAGGAGGAGUGCCACUUAUAGGUUUUCCGCAAUGGACGGAUCAGGGCACGAAUGCGAAGUUAAUCGAAGAUGUAUGGAAAGUAGGAGUAAGAAUGAGAGUGAAUGAAGAGACAAAGAUUGUUGAUAGAGAAGAAGUUAGUAGGCGUGUAAAAAUGGUAAUGAGAAAUGAAGAAAUGAAAAUAAAUGCUAAUAAGUGGAAGGAGCUGGCUAGGAAUGCUGCUAAAGAAGGUGGUUCUUCGGAUAGAAAUCUUAGAGGCUUUGUGGAGGAGAUUGGAGGAUUAUUAGAGGGAUCAAAAGAGUAGAUUUUGUUUGAUCUUUUUCUGUCUUCCUAUUGGGAAAAUUGAAAAAAAUGCCACAUUAGAAAAAGUGUGCACUUUCUGAUCUGCCGCAUUAUAAUUUUUUUCUUCUGUAAAUUUGGGUAUCAAAGAAUUCCUGAGUUUCUGCGAAAACCAAAUUUUAGCUGCAUUAGACUGACCUUUUUGUUGUCUAAUCGAGUCUUUC